AUGAGGGUCUUGUGUGUGGCUGAAAAGCCUUCAAUUUCCAAGGCUGUUGCUGGUCACCUCUCUGGCGGAAGCAUGCAAACCCACGGUACCAGGAAUCAGUACAUCAAGAACUACUCGUUUGAUUUCGACUUUGGGCAAGCUCUGGGCCCCUGUUCCGUCACCAUGACCUGUGUCACUGGUCAUCUUACCAAUGUCGAGUUUACCAGCGAGUACAAGAACUGGAGUUACCCUCCACCCGAAACUUUAUUCAACGCCCCCAUAGUCACUAGUAUUCAUGAUGACAAGAAAUCCAUAGCCAAAAAUCUUGCAGACCAAGCCCAGUACGCACGAUUGUUGGUCAUAUGGACGGAUUGUGAUCGUGAAGGAGAGCAUAUUGGUCAAGAAAUUGUGGACGCUGCUCGCAAAGGCAACGCCAGCAUACAGGUCAAGCGAGCCAAGUUCAGCAACGUUGAACGAGCCCACGUUCUCUCGGCGGCCAGGAGGCUAGUUGAUCUCGACAAAAAGCAAGUUGAUGCUGUUUCCACGAGAAUCGAACUUGACCUUCGUAUUGGCUAUGCAUUCACAAGGUUCAUGACGAAUAGCCUGCGGCCGCUCGGCGGUCCCAUGGAAAGUCUGACGUUGAGUUACGGAUCUUGUCAGUUUCCAACCUUGGGCUUUGUAGUUGAUCGAUACUUUCGUGUCAAGAACUUUAUCCCUGAGCCUUUCUGGAGCAUUAGCCUGAUGCAUAAUCGUGACGGUAAAAAGGUUAACUUUAGCUGGGAAAGGAACAGACUAUUCGAUCGCAUGACAACCAUUAUUUUAUAUGAAAGAUGUCUUUUGGCAAAAACAGCAAAGGUGAUCAACGUACAGGAGAAGGCGACACGGAAAUACAAACCGCUGCCUCUCACAACUGUCGAACUUCAAAAAGCCGCCACCCGCCUUCUUCGAAUGAGUGGUCAACAGGCUAUGACGAUUGCUGAGGGCUUGUACAAUAAAGGUUUCAUUUCAUAUCCUCGCACCGAGACCGAUCGAUUCGACAAAGGAAUGAAUCUGAAGGGUCUAGUUCAGAAGCAGUCUCCAGACCAGCGAUGGGGUCAGUUUGCUCAAAAUUUGGUCAACGGAGCUUUCAAACAGCCCAGAGAGGGCAGGCACGACGACAAGGCACAUCCACCAAUCCAUCCGAUUACCUAUGCCGCACCAAGCGUUCUCAGUCCUGACGAGGGACGCUUGUAUGAAUACGUUGUCCGGCGGUUUUUAGCAUGUUGUUCUGAAGACGCCCUCGGUAUGGCUACUACUGUCGAUCUCCAGUAUGGUGAUGAAAUUUUCGGUUCGCAUGGCGUCAUUGUGCUGGAAAGAAACUACCUCGAUGUGUUUGUAUAUGAAAAAUGGGACAACAAUGAACUACCGCGAUUUGUCAGAGGCGAGGUCUUUCAACCUACAGAAGCAAUAAUGUCGGAGGGAAAGACAUCACCGCCGAGUCAUCUCACAGAGGCCGAUUUGAUUGCAUUGAUGGACGCCAAUGGAAUUGGAACAGAUGCUACAAUGGCUGAGCAUAUUCAGAAAAUCCAAGACAGAGAAUAUGUUGCCACUGUCGGCAAUAGCGCUACAAUAGCGAGUGAAGAUGACGAUGGGGUCCAAGACAGAGCUUCAUCUGGAAGAGGGAGGGGAAGGGCCAGAGCUCGUGGAGGCAGAGCAGCUCGUGGAACUUCAACUUCGUCAAGUGGCCGGAGAGGUGGCGUCCGUGUCUUUAUUCCAACACAGCUCGGAGUGGCCCUAAUCUUGGGGUAUGACCGCAUGGGUUUUGAAACUAGCCUCGGCAAGCCAUUCCUCCGCAAAGAAAUGGAACUCAAAAUGAAAGCGAUAUGCGAGGGUCGAACAACGAAGGAGGUUGUGUUGCGUGAGAGCAUAACCCAAUACCGGCAGGUUUUUAUGCAGACGCAAGAGAAACUAGAUGUCCUUCGAGCUGCAUGUCGCGAAUUCGUGUUUGCUCAACCCGCUAGCUGA